GUGACAUUUGUAAUUACUAGAAAUACCCGGAUGAGUGACGAUCGUAGAUUUGGCUCGAUCGCCAUUUUACUUAAGAAAUAAAAAAAUAAUAAGUUCAAUCAAAGUAAAAUGUCAUCUGAAGUCAAUGUUGAUGAUCUUCCUCCACCAAGGCCUCCAAAUCCUCAACAGCAUGCUGCUCAGAAAAGAAUACAAAAAACUCAGGCUGAAGUGGAUGAGGUUGUGGAUAUCAUGUGUGCCAAUUUGGAGAAAGUACUGGAAAGAGAUCAGAAGUUAUCGGAAUUGGAUUAUCGUGCAGAUACGUUACGGCAAGAAGCUUCACAGUUUGAACAGAAGGCAGGAAAGCUGAAUAGAAAGUUAUGGUGGAAGAAUUGCAAAAUGCUUACUGUCAUGAUCAGCAUUGGGAUAAUCAUCAUUAUAAUUAUAAUAGCUUGGGCAUCCAGCAACUAAACAUUUCAGCAUGAUAUAUGAACUUCAUGCCUUCUAUGUAGGCUAAACAAAGGGUCGCUUAAUAACAUCAGAGUUCAAAUAAAACAACAAGUAACAUCAAGGUAACAACAUAUUCAAAGACAUCUGUAUUGUACGGAUGGCUAUAGGCCAUAUUUGUUGUUGUUGCACCGUGCUCUUCACUGUUGUGCCUCUAUCAAAAGAAAAAAAA